AUGACGAGCUUGUCUACCGUAGAUGUAUCCUACAAUGAACUGGACGGCCCUGUUCCCGAUAGCCCAGCUUUCCGAAGAGCCCCAGCGGAGUGGUUUGCCCAUAACAAUGAUCUGUGUGGAGUUGUUCAAGGAUUGCCUCCAUGUGUUUCACUCGGUACUCCAACAACAGACGACCGAAGCAAGCGCCACAAAAUUGUUAUAGUAGCCAUCAUUGCUUCUGUGGUCUUCUUCCUUCUCUUGUUUAUAUUCAUUGGAGCAUUCCGCAAGAGAGAAAAAGAUACAGUACCUGUUGAUAAUAAUCACAUCAAAGAAGGUGCAUUCUGUAUAUUGAAUUUUGUUGGAAGAGACGUAUACAAGGACAUCAUCGAAGCCACCGAAGAUUUCGAUGCCAAGUACUGUAUCGGAAGCGGUGCAUACGGCAGUGUCUACAGAGCAGAGUUAGCAAGUGGGGAACUGCUAGCAGUGAAGAAGAUUCACCUACCAGACACUGAAGGUACAUGCGACGAGCAAAUCUUUCAAACUGACAUACAAACUCUGACUCAAAUUCGACAUCGCAAUAUCGUCAAGCUUUACGGGUUCUGCUCCUCUCCCCGACGCAAAUUUCUGGUGUACGAGUACAUGGAGAGAGGAAGUCUGGGAUCUGUCCUCCGAAGCGAGACGGCAGCUGAAUUGGACUGGGUGAAGAGGGUGAGCAUCGUGAAGGAUGUCGCCUGUGCUUUAUCCUACAUGCAUCAUGACUGCACACCGCCUAUCGUUCAUCGGGAUAUUACCAGCAACAACAUACUACUUGAUUCCGAAUUCAAGGCUUGUGUUUCCGACUUUGGAAUUGCUCGACUACUGAAGCCGGAUUCAUCAAAUUGGACCAUGCUUGCAGGCACACGGGGUUACUUAGCACCAGAGCUUGCAUAUACAAUGAGAGUGACCACCCAUUGCGACGUGUACAGUUUCGGAGUGGUGACGCUGGAGUUGCUGAUAGGAGAGUAUGGAGAAGUACUCAUUUCCAUUCUGUCGUCUUCACCGAUCAACGAUAGCUUUGUGAAAGACGUAUUGGACCGACGCCAACCUUUUCCUGAGGGUCAAGUUGCGGAUGAAGUAGUUGCAGUUUUGAGCUUGGCUCUUCGUAGCGUGGACAACCACCCUGAAUCACGCCCGACAAUGAAACAGGUCUCCGACAAGUUAUACGUGGUCAGAACACCCCCACCAAGCCUCCGAUCUAUUGAUGCAUUGAAGUUUUCCGACUUGAUGAGCGUGGAGAUAUGA